AUGAGCACCGAGAUAGGAGGAGGACGCCGUCUCGUCCUUUGUUUCGACGGCACUGGUAAUCGAUACAAGGGAAAUGAAUCAGAUACCAAUGUGGUUAAGAUAUAUGAAAUGCUCGAUCGUCAUGAUAGGAAGCAAUAUCAUUACUAUCAGCCUGGCAUUGGAACAUUCACAACGGGUUCUAGUGGGUCUGGUUUGAGCUGGUUUGGCCGGAUGAAAGCAACCAUAAGCCAGUUAUUUGAUCAGGCUCUCGGCAACACGUUUGAGUAUCAUGUAUGCAGUGGAUAUGAAUUUCUGAUGAAAUUUUACGAACCAGGUGACGAUAUCUAUAUCUUUGGAUUCUCUCGUGGAGCAUAUACAGCAAGAUUUUUGGCAGAGAUGAUUGACAAAGUCGGCUUGCUAUCCCAAGGCAAUGAAGAAAUGGUGCGAUUUGUUUUUGCGUCCUUUAGCCAGGUGCAGCAUAGCAAAGGAAAGCGCACCAAAAGUCAAAAAGACGUGGAGCAUGAGGAAUAUCUUCUUAAAUUUAGAACCACCUUCUGCCGACCAGAAGUUUCUGUGCAUUUUCUUGGGCUUUUUGACUGUGUGAAUAGUGUUUCCCAGUUUGAAAUACCUUUCCGGAGGCACUCUUACGAAUACAUAGCCCAGGCCCCUGCAAAACAUAUUCGCCAUGCAGUUUCAAUUCACGAGCGUCGCCUCAAAUUCAAACCUGCUCUUUUUGUUUUCGAAGAGGAAUCGCAAGGCGCCGAUAUCAAAGAAGUCUGGUUUGCCGGAAGCCACUGUGAUAUCGGCGGAGGCUUUCGAUUCGAGGGCGACUCAAAGAAUCUCCUAUCCGAUAUACCACUUGCAUGGAUGAUUGAUGAAGUUCUCUCAUUAGACUGCCAUCAUGCCGGAAAGCUUGCAUUCCAGAAGCCGGCGGUCGAAAGGGCCAUUAGUUUGAGACGUGAAAGCGAGAAUGAAAGCUGGAACCCGCCAUUAGAUGCGCCUGUGAUCAACAUACCGCAUUAUCACGAUUCCCUAACAUUUGGCGGUGGCGAAAGUUGGGGAAAGACGUGUUUCUGGUGGAUCCUAGAAAUUUUACCAUUUUUCACUCGCCUAGAACUCGAAAACGGUGAAUGGAACCCUCGCUACUGGCCUCCGAAUCUUGGAGCCCUUAGGGACAUACCUCGUGAGGCAAAUAUUCAUAACUCUGUCGAGGAGUUAUUUAAGGCUGGAGUGCUACGCAAAAUGCCGAAACUUGGAGGGGAUGAUGCACCGUUUCUAAAAGAUCCUCUACUAUUGCUUCGAAUCCUGAUGCCAUGGAAGUGGCGAUUUGGGUCAAGAAGAGACCAGGACUAA